CUAUCUAUUUCUGUUUCUUGUGUGCAAGCGCUCCAUUCUGUGUGUGUCCGACUUUGUGUGGCUUGACUCUCUUGUGUGUGUGGCUUGACUGUCUGUGUGUGUCACUGUGUGUUUGACUGUGUGUGAAUAUUGCAUUUGACUGUGAUGCGUUACUGUGUGUUUGACUCUGUGUGUGUGAUUGUGUGAAUAUUGUGCAUUUGACUGUGGUGUGUGACUGUGUGAGUAUUGUAUUUUGACAAUGACUGUGUGUGGCUUGACUGUGUGUGUGGCUUGUAUGCUUUGCUGAAUGAUUGGUUGUUGUGGCUUAACACUGCCUCUGACGGUCCCAAGCCCGGAUGUGAAAAUGUGGAGGGAGUCUGUUUCUUGUGUGCAAGUGCUACAUUGUGUGUGUGAUGUGUCCGUAUCUAUGUCUGUUUCUUUUGUCUUGAUUGUGUGCAAGUGCUUGAUUGGGUGUGUGCUUGUGUGACCAUGCGUGUAUUGCAUUUGCUUGACGGUGUGGUUUGUAUAAUUUGUGUUUUAUAUGUCAGGAUUGAUUGUUGUUUGUUGAAUUUGAACAAAUCUAACACUAUUCUUUUUUCUAAACUUUUUUGUGAUUAUGUCCUAUGUGGAUACCAUACUCUUUUUUGUAUUAUUGUUGUCCAGUCACUGCAAUAACGCUUUUCUAAGUAUUUAAGGUACAACCAUGUAGAUCUAGACAUGAUGCUGAUGGGUUGGGUUUGCAUACAAUGCAGUACGGACCAACAGAAUGGUCUCAUUGCAAGGUGGACAUAUAGGCAAGACAUGUCAAGAGAGAGAGAAGCUUGGACUAUUGAGGAGGAACAUGCACUGAUUAAUGCCCAUCGGGUAUAUGGGAAUAGAUGGGCAGAAAUAGCAAAAGUUCUUCCUAGAAGGAAUCGGGUACUUCUAUUUGUUCUUAUGUUCUUCUCACCUAUAGGUAAAGUCAAAGAAGACAAAACCAAGUGGAUUAUUGGAGUUACAAGAUACACAAAAUCAUCGGUAAGUUUCUAUCCUUUCAAAUGGGCGGAUUAUGAAUUUUGAUCAGUUUGUCUGACUUGUUUUAAACUGAAUCCUUGAUUCCUUGAUAACUUUGAUCAUAAACUGAUUCCCAAGUAUUUUUGACUCAUAUGAUGCUUAUUACUCCCUCCAUUCCUUUAUAUAAGGUGUAUUUAUUUUUUGAUAAAAUUCCAUAAUGUAAGGUGCAUUUCUUCUAAUUCCUCAUAAUUCCCUUAUUAGACAUCUAGAAAAAUGGAAAGUAUCCCUCUCCUGAUUGUCUGUAUCUCUCCUUUAGCAAAAGAAGGAAAGUAUCUCUCUGUCGAUUGCAUGCAUCUCUUACUUUCCUGGACUAAUUGAUUUACUUACCACUAAUCAACAAAUUUGCCAAGGGUAUUUCAGUCCUAACAUGUCUAUAAUUUCGUGCCUUGGUCACCGUGCUGAAAAUAAUACACCUUACAUAAUCGUAUGGAGGGAGUACAUCACAGGUCAUCUAAAUCUUCUUUUCUAAUAUGACUGCUUGUGCUGCUCAUGAGGUAAGCUACUUUUCUUGCUUUCAAGAAUAAAUCAUUCACAUCGUGGUCACUCACAUUUUAAGGUGCUCAUGCCAUUUCAGGCUAGCCACCGGCUUGGAAGCGAUUUUAGGUAUGAAUGCUUACCUUAGGCAGAUUUUCUAUAAGAAUUUUGCUCAUGAUACAUGCCUUGCUUUCUCUAGUAAGUAGAACAAGAACACAUUUAACUUUUCUUUUCUGUUCAUAGUCCUACAAACUUGUGGGUAGUGUUGAAGAUAAUCGCUUAAUCAACCUAAUCAACCUCUAAUCGUUUUUAGGAACGAAGAUCUGAAUCACCCUCCCGCCUCGAGAGAAAUCAGUUUAGUCAUUCAGGUUCUGGUAUUUCUUUAUAGCUUUCUGAGUUUACCUCGGUCUUUCAUGUAUUUGCUUUCUGUUUGUGCCCCUAUCUAUUUCUGUUUCUUGUGUGCAAGCGCUCCAUUCUGUGUGUCUCCGACUUUGUGUGGCUUGACUCUCUUGUGUGUGUGGCUUGACUGUCUGUGUGUGUCCGACUUUAUGUGGCUUGACUCUCUUGUGUGUGUGGCUUGACUGUCUGUGUGUGUCACUGUGUGUUUGACUGUGUGUGAAUAUUGCAUUUGACUGUGAUGCGUUACUGUGUGUUUGACUCUGUGUGUGUGAUUGUGUGAAUAUUGUGCAUUUGACUGUGAUGUGUGACUGUGUGAGUAUUGUAUUUUGACAAUGACUGUGUAUGGCUUGACUGUGUGUGUGGCUUGUAUGCUUUGCUGAAUGA